GCGGCGCCGCGGCCCGGGUUGCGGUUCUGGUCGCGGGAGCUUCACGGCCGGGCGGUGCCGGCCGCUGCAGGUGACGGAGGCGCGGCGAGCCGCAUCCUUGUGGAGGUGAGCGAGACGCCGAGGGGGCUCGGGUGCCGGCCGGGGGCGGGUAGUACGGCGAGAGCGGCACGGCUGGCAGCCAGCUCGUUCCUUCUGCGGCCUCCUCAGGCCGGCGGGGCCGCUCGCCCAAAGUGCCCCCGAACACCCCGACGCGCAGCCUGCAGCCCGCCAGCCCUGCGUGCUCCAGCUCCAGGGAGCCGGUCCCACCCACGAACCGGCUGAGUGACCCCCAGCGUCUGCUUCUCCGGCCUCGCCUCGGCUCCGUGCACCGCAUCUUCCCCCGCCUCGCCCUGCAGCACCGCGCCUUUGUCCGCCCCCGCCCGCCUGGCGCCGGGAGAGUUUCUUCCCCUGAGGCGAGGCGGGGAGAACGGGAAGGUCUGCAGUGCCCUGAGGACGCGCCGCGCAGUGAGCCUCUGGGCCGAAGUUCCCAAAGAUGAGUCGUGAACAUUCAGAAAACAACAAUUUCCUGAACAAUAACAACCAAAUGGUGUUGGACAUGAUCCUUUAUCCAUUAAUUGGAAUCCAUCAGACCAUCAACUGGGAAACUGUGGCAAGGCUUGUGCCUGGCUUAACACCCAAGGAGUGUGCAAAGAGGUUUGAUGAACUGAAGAGCAGUGGCAGCUCACCCGUCGACAACCAGUAUAGCCUCCUAAUGGCUGCUGGAGAGAGCCCUGUUGAAACUUUAGCCACGUAUAUCAAGUCCUCGCUUCUUGACACACAGGGAGAGUUUCAGGAGAUUCCAGUUGGUCAGGAUGCAGUUUCUAAAACAGGAAAACAUAGUAUAGCUUCCACAAGGAAUUGUUCUUCAGAAAGUGAAAAUUGUACUACUCAUAAUGGUGGAGAAAAGACUGAAGAAUCUGAAGGGCCAAACAUGGUGAUCCAUGUAUGUGAUGAAGCCAAAAACUUGAAAGAAGAUUUUAUUUGCCCACGAGAUCUUUUGAUAUCAGAAAUGAAGUACUUUGCUGAAUAUUUAUCUAUGGAUGCCCAGCGCUGGGAAGAGGUGGACAUUUCAGUUCAUUGUGACGUUCACAUUUUCAACUGGUUGAUAAAAUAUGUUAAAAGGAACACUAAGGAGAAUAAAGAUUGUGAGAUGCCCACUUUAGAGCCAGGAAAUGUCAUUUCAAUUCUUAUUUCUUCAGAGUUUUUAAAAAUGGAUUCAUUGGUUGAACAGUGUAUUCAGUAUUGCCACAAAAAUAUGAAUGCCAUAGUAGCUACCCCAUGCAACAUGAACUGUAUUAAUGCAAAUCUUCUUACACGUAUAGCUGAUCUGUUCACACACAAUGAAGUUGACGACUUAAAGGACAAGAAAGAUAAGUUUAGGAGUAAACUUUUUUGUAAGAAGAUUGAAAGACUGUUUGAUCCUGAAUAUUUGAAUCCAGAUUCUCGGAAUAAUGCAGCAACAUUAUACAGAUGCAGUUUGUGUAAGAAACUUUUAACAAAAGAAACAGAAAGAAGAAUUCCUUGCAUUCCUGGAAAAAUCAAUGUGGAUCAACAUGGAAAUAUUAUCUACAUUCACAUAAGAGAUAAGACUUGGGAUGUUCAUGAGUAUUUGAAUAGUCUUUUUGAAGAAUUAAAAUCUUGGAGAGAUGUAUAUUGGCGCUUGUGGGGAACAGUUAACUGGCUAACCUGUUCAAGAUGUUACCAAGCUUUUCUCUGUAUAGAAUUUUCACAUUGUCAAUAUCACUCAGAAACAGUGAUUUAUCCUACUGCAGGAAGUUCACUGAGUACUGUUGGCACUGGAAUUUAUCCCUGCUGUAACCAAAAGGUUCUUCGGUUCGACCCUACUCAGCUUACAAAGGGUUGUAAAGUGAGGGACCACAUGGUUGCUCUUCGUGAUCAAGGUGAGGGUGAAGAUUUGCUGUCCUGUCCAACUGCUAGAAUCCUGGACGAUCUGCACAAACACAAAGAUGUCAUUCUUGUGCCUUUUGCUAAAGACACAGUUAGUGAUUCUGGGGUUGGUCUCUGUGAUGAAAAGGGUCUAGACUGUGAUGUUUUACUGGAACCAAAUACACCAUGGGGUCCCAAGAGUGGGGAGCUCAAUGCUUUCUUGUCACUGAAAAACUGGACUCUGCAACUGAAACAACAGUCAUUAUUUUCAGAAGAAGAAGAAUAUACCACCGGAUCUGAGGUCACUGAAGAUGAAGUUGGAGAUGAAGAAGAAGUAUCCAAGAAACAAAGGAAAAAGGAGAAGCCAAAGAAGUUCACUAAACAACCAAAAAAACAACUGUCUUCACCCUGUGGUCAGAAGAAAGAAAAGGCAUUAGAGAAGGAGGGGGUGAAAAGCCAGUCAACUUCUAGAGAUGUGUCUCCUUUCAUUGUGAGUAUGCAGAAGAAUAAGUGGGAUGCCACAAGAUCCUUGAGAUUCAACCAAGAUGCACAAAGAGAAGAUGAUCAACGGCGGAUGUCUGAAAUUACCGGGCACCUGAUAAAGAUGAGAUUGGGUGAUCUGGACCGAGUCAAGUCAAAAGAAGCAAAAGAAUUUGCAGGAGGUAUUUACUCCAGGCUCGAAGCACAAAUCAAGGCCUCAGUGCCAGUCACUGCACGGCAGAGCAGCUCAGAGAAAAACACAAGGUCUAAAAGUCGUUUUGGUCAAGGUCGUCCUGCGUAAAGCACCUUAAAAUAUAACUAAGAUGAGAGAAGACACACCUGUGGAUGUCUGGAAUUGCUUACUUCUUGAAGAUCUUCAGAACAAUGACUUCUAAAUGUUUUAAGUUAUUUGUUAAUUGUUCUUGCAAGUCACAUAAGUCAUAGUGCUAAGGGAAAUACAUAGUUAGGUCUUAUGAAAUCUAAUUGUAAAUAUGAAACUUCUUAAAUCUAGUUUUCCUUUGGUGUGAUGCUAGGCUACGCUAAGACUACUGAUAUUUGUUCUCUUUAUUUAUUUGAAAGAGAAGAAGCCUAAACUCUCAAAGUAGCUAAGAGUUUUUAGACUUAAAAAUUAGGGGAACACAGCAGAUGGUAGUACUGUGCAUGUGCACUGAUGAUAGUGUCUUUUGGGCUGUAAAUCUCGGGAUAGCACUGAGAACUGCAAUUUGUGUGAUGAAGUUCCCAGUGAUGCUAAUUUUAAGUUUGCAUGACUGUUAAGGAGCAACAGAUCUUAAGACUGCAUUAAAUAAAGUUUCAAGGUGAGGUAUUUCCUGUGUUGGGCAGAAGGCUUAAUUUUUUCCAGCAUUAUUCCAUAGAAAGCACAAUGUUAAUCCAACUUUUUUUUUUUUUAACGCUUAUUUAUUGGUCAUCUGAGCUGGAAUUACUGAUUAUUACCUCUUCACUCUGUGAAGCUAGUGCCAUUCUGAAUUUGUUAAAAUAACUGUUGAUAGUUUUAGGAUAUUAAAUCAUUUCAGUUAUAUGAGACACCCACUGUACAGUUCUCAGGGCAGUAAAAUUCAACCAUAUAUCUGUCACCAUUCAAAUAGCCCCUUAAAACAGUUGUAAUUUACUACUUUAGAGAUGGGUGGAAGGCAAGAUUCCCAAAUACAUUUGAUAGAUGAAAAAUUGCAUAUAUUCAAGAGAAAUCAAAAUAAAAUUCCAUUCUGUAGAUCAUGUUUUAAUUUUUCAAACCAAGCAGAAAGAGUGCUCAGGGAAAAUUUGUCCCAAAUUAGAAGCAUACAAAAAUUAUGUGUUUGGAAAUUACUUAUAUGUAGGUCUCUGAAAAACCUUUAAGGUGCACUGUUUCUAUUUUUAGUCUUCAUUUGCCUUAUAAUGGAAAUUUCUUCCAAUUAUUUAGAGGACAGACUUGCUAAUGUAUAAAAGCAGUAAUUUCUGUUGAAAUGCUGAGAUGUUACACUCAGUUUACACAUAUAGAAAUCAUUAUCUUUAAUGAGCAUUAUAGUUGGUAAAAGAAGCUGGGUGUUAUUUGAUGUUAUAUGUAUGGCUUUGCCAAGAUUGAACUGUUUGGAAAUUUUGUUGCAAUUGAUAUACUUUUCAAUUGUUUGAUAUUUUUUAAAUAGAUUAUGAAAUUUUUAUUUUCAAAAGAAAAUGUUUUAUAGUACAUGAUCUGUAUGCCCUGUUACUUACAUACCAGAAUCUUGCUUAGUUUACUGUAUUCUCUGAUCAAAAGGAUUUAGGUUUGCACAUGUUAUAUAGUGCUGUGAUGGUCACAACUAAAAGAGGAAAAUAUGCUCAUUGGAUUUUUAACUGAUGGUAACAGGGCAUAUUACUUCUCCCCUGGGGGGACUGUACCACUGAAUUGAUUUUUACAAACAAUUUAUCAGAAUCUGAUUUUCUUCAGAGUGUGCUUUUUAUUUUGUUAAUGUCUGUCUGUAGUACAUGGCACAGGUACCACGAACAUUUUAAUCAAACUCUUAAUAGCACUUAUUUUGCCUAAUACUUUGAGGUUUUACCUAACAUUAAUUCUAAAUUCACAUUUCUUUAAUUGAAAUAAACAUUAAAGACAAAAGUUGUUUGGUAAGUCCCUUGAUCAUUCCAUCUUCUCAGAAAGGUCUAAGUGGGUCCUAGAUGACAGGUUUUCAUGGAAGAGGUGAAAUUUGCAAAUUUUAAGAUUGUUUUAAAUGAUAUUUUUGGUAAAGAUUCAGCAAAACAUUUAAGGGAUAAAAACUGCAGAAAGGGUAAUAUGGUAACAGUGCUGAUUCCACACUCUUGUGUCACUUUGUUACUUUCCUUUUUCAGAACGCUCAACCAGGUAUUGUGAGAUAUGCUAAUUGUUUUGGAAGCUGAGGCUGAAGCCCUAUCAUGCCAAUCUGCCAAAGGCAAAUCUUAGUUAAAAAAAAGAAAAGAAGUACCUUUUAUCUCCAGUACCUGGAAUUAAUUCUUCAACCUUCAACUACUCGUUGAGGGACUAUUUUGAACCCCACCUUUUCACACCUCUCAGUUAAAAGGCACUGGGAUACCUAGCCUGUCCAAUUCUAAUAUGCUAACUCAUUUAAAGCUGACCUAUUGGAGAGGAUAAUAUGGGGAUAAUGUUAUUCCCACCUUUAUAGGAUUUGGAGGGGAUUAAAUGAUUUAUAAAUCUAAAACAAUUAGCAUAGUAAUUCUCUGUGUUAAGCUCUCCAGAAAUGUUAACUGUUGUUGUUGCGUUGUUAUUUUAAUAUUUGGGAAGUCCCCUUAAAUUCUUUAAGAUGAGAAAUCACUAUCCCUCUUCCUAUAGCUUAUGUUGCUAAAGGCUGAUGUGUGCUUGUGUUUAAUGCAGGAAAGAAAAGAGGCACCUAAUACUUCAAUGUGGUUGUGGCAUCAUUUGUUACUUUGUUACACUAAACAUCUUGUCUUAUUUAAGCAGAGUAAACAUUUGUAGGAGGAGCUAGGUAGGAAAACU